UAAAGCAGAAAAUAGGAUGCUGAUGUGGCAUUUUCUUAUUAAAAUGUUUUGGCUCCAAAUGCAUCAUAUUGCAUUAAUCAUUCUGCCACGUGUCACCUCUUUUUUAAAAAAAAAAAAUAUUUACAAUAUUAACGAAGAGAUCAGAUGGCCACGUUCAUUCAAAUUUUGAAUUUGACAGUGUAUAAUUUUCCUUCUCCAUUUAUUUAGGACUUUUGAAAAAAUUAAUUUCUGGUCAAUCAAUUAUCUUCAUCAAAAACUAAAUUCAUUCCUAAUCAGUUUUGAUUAUUUACAUAUCGAUUUAUUAGGUGGGACGCCCGGGCAUUUGCCCGGAAUAAGCAUCUAGUAUUGUAUUAGAUAAAGAUAUAUCUAACCAUUGAUAUAUCAGUACUAGAUAAUGGAUCUAAUUAAGAUAAACAAAGUCAUAAAUAAUUCAUACAGAUUUAUAGUGCUGAAUCUUCUUGAACCGCACGGUACAAUACACACGUGGGAGAAAUGACAAAUUACAAAUUGUAGAAUUGUGAAAUUUGGAGUUUCAAUUUCUCCGUAUGGCCCAUUGCUCUCGUGUUCUUCUUCCUUCUUCAGUGAGCACAGCCCGAAAUUGCCUCACUCCGUCACUCCACCGACGACCCAUUCCAUUGACUUCACAGAAUCUAGGAUUCAACCCCAUUUCUUUUUGCUCAAUCAGAUCGAAACAAGAAGGGUUCCCUCCGAAUUCCAAGUCUCAACAACAGUUUAGAGUAACAACGACAACAACCGCAAAGGCAUCAAUGGCGGAGGUAUCAAAUGAGACGAGUAAAACCAAAGAAGUCUUCGAUUCGGAAGAAGAACUAGCUGUGGUCUUGGCGGAAUAUGUUUCCAAUCUUUCUGAUAAGUUCUGUAAAGACAGAAAUGCGUUUACGGUGGUUGUAUCUGGUGGUUCUUUGAUUAAGUCUCUCAGGAAAUUGACGGAGGCGCCAUAUAUUGAUUCAGUGGAUUGGUCAAAAUGGCAUCUUUUCUGGGUGGAUGAACGAGUUGUUCCUAAGGAUCAUCCUGAUAGCAACUAUUUGCUUGCUUAUGAUGGGUUCUUGUCCAAGGUGCCAAUUCCUCCUGCUAAUGUUCAUGCCAUUAAUGACACACUGUCGGCUGAGGGGGCAGCCGAUGACUACGAGGCGAACCUCAAGCAUUUGGUAAAUAACAAGAUCCUGAAAACAUCUGAGAUCAGUGGAUUUCCAAAAUUUGAUGUCAUGUUGUUGGGCAUGGGUCCAGAUGGGCAUAUAGCUUCUCUUUUCCCUGGACAUCCUCUUCUUCAAGAACGCGAGAAGUGGGUUACAUUCAUCAAGAACUCGCCUAAACCUCCUCCGGAGAGGAUCACCUUUACAUUCCCAGUGAUAAACUCUUCGGCUAACAUCGCUCUGGUUGUAGCUGGAGCUGGUAAAGCCGAUGUGAUCCGCACAGCACUGGGCGAUAACAAUCAGAGUUCUCCGUCGCUUCCCGUUCAGAUGGUUUCACCAGAAGGGAAGUUGACUUGGUUCUUGGACAAGGAAGCUGCUUCAAAGCUGUAGGCCAGAGAUCCUUGACUCGAGUAGUCGGUGUAUCAACUACUUAUUUGUGAACGUGUGUGAACAUGUUUUGGUUCAAAGAAGACUGCAAUAAAAAAUGAGUUACUGAUUUCAAUUUUUUACUUUAGCAUCGUCAUAAUUUAAUACUACAUUCUAACUUAUGCAGUGUAAAUUGACUAUGUGAUUGGAACUUGCCAUCUUUCGAAAAUCUGAGUAUUUUCUUUGUAUAAACAGUUAAAAAUAUUGAUGAAAAGUAAUUGACAAUGUGCAAUUGGGGUGUUGACCAUUAUCAGAUGGGAAAGAGUCAGUGGAAGUGUGCGUCAAAAAACCUUGGCUAGUCAAUUUGUAGAAGCAAUUUGCAAUGAAAUUUAACUUCAGAUCCUGAAAAUUUUACAAAACGGGCGAAAACAAUAAAUCCUCUAUCUUUACAUUAAACUCAAACAGAUCGAGGAUAUAAAAUACUAAUGUCGUGUUAUGAAAG